AUGCAGUCCCUAUCAGCACUGAAGCGUUCAGCUCGAGAGUUUCUUGAUGAGGCGAAAGAGAGAACGUCGUCCCCAAAGACCGGCAAGAACGACGCGCAACUUGAGAGCCGGCAAUCGAAGCGCGAGCUCCUGAAGAGCUUGAUUCGACGAGCGAGAGAUGCUCAGCAGAGGGGAGGAGUGACGAAUAACACGAUACCCACUCCUCGGCGAGAUUCAGAAACAGUUGACUCCCUGAGGCCCACCAUCAAUUCUAACAAGCCUCUGCCUUCUCCGCCUCUUCCGGGGACGGUAGACAAAGUCGAUGGACAGCCUAGGAAACCAGUGUUGAAGUUGGACCGCAUCAUGGCAAGUUUGAGUGAAGCCGAGAUUGAGAAGUUGUUCUCGGGAGCUCCGCAGUACUUUGCCCGCUCGCUUGGACACGGUACCGGGGCUCCACACCCGUCCGUCGCCUUCCCCUGGGAUGAGGACUUGCGCAUCCGGGACUUGACGGAUCAUACCCAGAUUGAAGAUGACGCUUGGGGCUGCGUUACUACAGCUCCAAGGCUCAUCCAGCGUGAUCCCUUGUCAGCCAGCACGCCGUCCAGCCGGAAGGGCCCUCAUUUCAAUGUCAAGGCCAUGGAGCGGCCGAACAUGCUCAGCAUGCAAGGUCUAGAGAAGGGAACGAUGGGCUACCAAGCGGCACUUGAGAUUUCCGUGGCAGAUGCUCUCCAAGAAGAGCAGUAUGGCUUUGAUAGUCUGGGAUCGAAAUCUCAUGUUGUCAUAGAGCAGCGCCAAAAGCUCAUCACGUCCAAGGACGGGCUGCGGCAACUAGAUGACGGAGCGAUUAUGGAGCAACUCCUGGUCUGUGAGGGUCGGUAUCAGGCUGGUUGCAGCAAGAAGCAACUGAACACUCAUGAACUUCAUAACGAACUGUUCCAGAAAGUGUUGCACCCUCCGACCAGGAUAAUUGAUCGCAAUGACCCGUAUAGUCUGCCUGUACAGAUUUAUGCAUUGGUCAAGGUAUUGGCGGCACCAAAUGCCUGGGUCGAUUUCUCAAGAGUGGAAUGGAGGAUUCGGCUAGGCCAGAUUCUGUGGGGGUUUCCCCUGGACGACGAAGUCGAAGACGGCUCAUCAAUUAACGAAGGGAUCGACGACUAUGACCGAAGUGAAGAGAGAUAUUGGCUACUUCUGCAGAUCCUGCUAUCUUGCGAGCUUCUUAUACGACUUGAUGCCAUCACUGACGGAGACGAGUUUGGCGCUGCAAAUCUUCGAGCAUCCGAGAUACAUAGGUUUGAGAAGGAAGCAAAUCUGUCGGUACGGUGGUCACUCCUGCUCGCCCGUUCGUGGCUUGAGAACAUCGUGAUCAACAAGACCGAGGCUCCCUCUUCAGGGACAUCCACGCCAAAGGGUUGGCUCACGUCCUUGGCGAGCAAAAUGACUCUAAAGCAUGAUCACAUGCAUGGAUCUCACCAUGUCGACCACGCGCACCAUCUACAUCAUGGACACUCAGAGUACCAAUACGCAAUACAGGGGAGAUAUGUCGAGAGGCAGGUUUUUGGAUUGACUCAAUUUGCUCGAAAGCUGCGUUGGCCUGAGAUUGAAUCUUACAUCACUCGUGUAUCGAUCAACGCCCCAACCAUUGCGCAGGCUACGCCCAUCAACACCCCGUUACUGACAAGCGAUACUCGGCGAUCUUCAUACUUUGGUGGAGACAGGAAGCCCGCCGAGCUACAAAGAAAAGCAUCGAGAAGACGCAAGAUCGAUGCCGCAUUGCACCCUUCCGGCUGGUUAUCUAAGUCCUACGUUUCUGGUUUGGUUUUGCCUGGGGAAGGGCUAUCCCACUUUCUAAUGUCUACUCUGCUCGAAAACGACCAAGAGGCUAUGGCAAAACUUGGCCCUAUGGCAAACCUCUGCGGCGGUUUCGUUUUCAGUGGGAAGAGCUUCUGGAGUACUGCAUGUAUUGUAGGGCGAGUGCUGGCCGCUGGUCGGGGUUCUGCAGAGUGUAUGGGUUGGAUAUCUGCCGACGUUAUUCCCAAGGCGUUAGAGGAUGGAUGGGUCAAUAUCGACGUCGCUGAGAUCGCAGAUGAUGUAGCACAAACUGGCAAGAAGGCCCGUUUGUGGGGGAAGACAAUCAUCGAGCGCGAGUCAGAUGUGUUGGGUGAUGCUGAUUCUGCGAAUGUGCUCCCGGCCGACUUCAUUAUUCCUCAUGAGAAUAACCACUCCGAGCCACCGCCAUCCAACAUCAGGAUUGACCUCAAUUCCUUAAACCUUCUUCCCAUUGCCCACAGCGCCGUGUCCACGCCGGCUUUAGAGAGGGACUUUACUCCUUUCUCGGAACACAGCAAUGCAACUGUCAUCGAAACCUAUUCUCCAUCCAUGGCCUUCACGAUGACACAUGAUGGGGUUGAGCAGGAUCAAACCUUCAAUGUGUCCUUGGCUCAAGACGUUUACUUCGUCACUGCACAUCCGUGUGCUCCUUCUAGCUAUGUUAAAUAUUUCAAGUCUCCAACGAGCCCUACCAUUCAACAAAUUGAUGUCGCAGGGAAUGACUGGAUGGGAAAGUCAUCCAGUGCAGCCCACAUCACAGGACACCCACUGCACAAAUACUACACGUACAAGACAGUACAUCUGGCCAACCUUCUCAAAAGGCCAGAUGCCUCACUUGAAGAGCUUCUUGGAAAGAGUCCGUCAACUUCAACAAAUAACAAUGGGUCGUCGUCGUCGAUCUCGAAGACCGCUCGUGUACUUGUCAUAGACUGUAUCACGGGCUUUGCACCACCACGGUCACCUGAGAUGGCUUCCCUUUCUCGAAUGAGCUCGAUUUCAUCCUCCUUUGGGCUGGAACCAACCGCAGUCCAACUACAGCUCCCCACUCCACCAAGGGACUCAGGAGAGCGACCUAAUACCAGCACCUCGGUUGGCAGCAAAAUUUCAAGAAUCGACCCGCCAAGUCCUGAUUCUAAGAUGAGACUACCAACUCGAAGAAGGCAGUUUGGAUCGGACCUGGAGAUACUUGUCCGUGCCAUUUGUGCUGAGAGGGGCUGGAACGCAUUGAUCAGUCGCCGUAGGCGAGGUUGUCUGGCUUGUGCGAUUCGCGAGGCCGGCGCCCUUGGGUGGAGGGUCAUUAUUCGUGUGGAAUAG